UAUUGGCUACAAAGUAUCGGCAGGAUCAAAUGUGAAACCAAGACUGAAGUUCCCUCCCAAAGGUUACAAAGUUAAACCCCAGUAAUAUGCCAUAAAUAUGUCAUAAAUCACAUUCCCCAAUAAACUACUUUGGUGGAAAGCUCAGCCCGCCAAAACCCCAGCAACAAUGACCUUGGUUCCCACAGUUAAGGACAAUUUAUUGUUAUGUCUACCCUUAAAAGCACACAAUCCCCCCUCACAAUUGUGGCAACCAAAAACAAAAUUGCAGCGUUGACAUCAGUCCUAAGUCACUUUUUUCAGUACCGUUGUAAUUUCAAAUAGCCACUAAACUGUUUGGCUGAGGAUUACUUGUAUUUUUUAUGAGGUUAGAUCUAUACAUCAAGUCUAGCACUAUCUGUCCUUUGUUUCAUACAGAUUCCCCAUCAUCUGCUAUCUGAACCUAUUUUUUUAACAACAUAGAUGUUUAGGACUGAACACUACUAUUGUCACAGACCAGUCAGUAAAAAAUGGUUUUUGACAUGUUUUCUAAGGUGACGGUUUAUGUGAAUGUAGUAAGUGAACGUGUUCAUGUUGUAAUUGAAAAUCAAGCCACAGUUAUCCUCACCUUAUGACCAUUUAAUGAUAGGCUUGGCAAAAGUGACUCACAAUCUGUACUCAUAUUUAUGACUGUCACACCACCCCUGUAGUCAUGUGACUACAAUUAUGGACCUUAGCAACCAAGUCACAUUUACAACCUGUUGCCAGGUGAUUGCAAUUUGUGACCUUUUUGCCAAUCUCUGGCAAAAAAUACCUGUUGGCAUGUAAUGACUAUAUGAUUCAUUUAACAACAGUCAUAAAAAGUCAUAAAAUCGCAUAUGAUUUAACUUACCACAGAAAUUCUGGUCUCAGUUGUGGUCAUGAAUUGAGGAUUAUCUCUAUUUUAUUCUAGAUAUUCUGGUCUAUAAUUCUCAGCACCCUUCAAUCCAAGAUUUCUGGGCACUGGUGUUCAAGAAUGUCUGAAAGACCACAGGUUUCCCACAAACUUUCCUAAGCUAGUCUGGUUAAAACAUCUUAACUUAGUUCAGAAAAAUAACUGGCAUUCCAGCACAUUUUAAUAUCUUUUAAGUAUGACUAAAAUGCAUGAUAUUUUUUUAUCUGCAAGAAUAUUUUUUAUGUAUUCAGAAGGAAAACAAAGGCAUUUAAUGCUUGCUUUGUUAAGUCCUAUUCCUGGUAUCAGAUCUCAAAGCCGGAAUAACAGAGUUGGUUGGAAGAGACCUUGGAGGGCUAAUCCAGCUCAGGAAGGAAACCCUAUACCAUUUCAGACAAAUGGUUUGUCCAAUCCCUUCUUUAAAACCUCCAGUGUGGAUUGAAAGAAAACAAGUUCUGGCAUUUGGAAAAUCACAACUCCAGCAUUCUUUGGAAAAUCAAAGUGGAGUAAAUUUCCUUCCAGGGCAUCCUGUCCUUUUGCUAAUCCAAUUUUUUUCAGCAAAGGCAGAAUAAGUUUUCAGAAACAAGAGCUGGCAAGUGGAGGAAUGGGGAAGGGAAGAGCUGAAGACCACAUACUUAGGUGCCUUACUCCCAAAUUCCAACACAAUUCCUUCUGCCCCCUACCUGUAGUGCAGUUUACCUCCCAGCUUUCUUAGGGAAGGUUUCACUGGUUGAGGUGUGUAGGCUGAAUUCAGGGCGCGCCCCAAACAAGUUGAAGCAAGUGCUCCUGAAAUGCUGGCAACACCCCAGUCAGGAAGGAGGGGGGCGUGUGAGCAUACAUACACACACACACAGAGUUCAGAUGCUGAUUGUGCAGCUGCUGGGGAGAGAGGAGAGACAACCUUUCUGACCCACAACAGAUUAACAUCAAAUUCACCAGGGACAAUGUCAGAAGGGGAUAGACCUAAAAGUGGUCUGAGUUUAGCCAGCAGUACAGUCACCAUCUCUUCAGUCUCGAUGGGAACAAAGCGGGUGUACUAAAUGUGUCCAUCUGGCUGACGAUCUUAACUGGGGCAUGUUUUUUGGGUGAGCCUCCUGAAAAAUCAUGCCACAUGUAGCCCGGCCGGUCCGGAAAGUGCACACAUUUGGGAAGAGAGCAAACUCUAUCAAGAGAGAUCCUAACUCUCCCGUUGUAUUGCGUGGCUGGCUUUAUAAGCAGGAUAGCUCUGGGCUCAAACUGUGGAAACGACGCUGGUUUGUCCUUUCCAAUUACUGCCUCUUCUACUACCGAGACAGCCGUGAAGAGAUGGUUUUGGGCAGUAUCCUUCUCCCCAGCUACGAGAUUCGGACAGCUUUCUCCAAGGAGAAGAAGAACCGCCGCUUUGUAUUCAAGGCUGAACACCCUGGCAUGCGGACUUACUAUUUCAGUGCAGAGACCCAGUUGGAUAUGAAUAGCUGGAUCAGGGCCAUGAACCAGUCAUCUGUGGCUGAGUGCAACUGUGGAAACCUCAACCAAGGGGGUCUCCACAGCCACUCAGUGUCUGCCCACACCAGCUUUGAGGACAUUCGGCUCCCUGAGGAUGAUUGUGCCAAAAGCACCGAGUCGCUGGAAGUUGCCCAUCUCUCAGAGAUCCAGGAGGCCCGGGCCUCUUCAUCCGAGAGCCUCCACCUGCCUGACAUCCAGAAGGGAUCCCCUUGCCUUAAGAGGGCUUCUUUAUCCAGUUCGCUCAACGGGACCUACUGCCAUGAAAAGAAAGAGCAGCCAGAACUGAGUUCCCUGUCUUCUCAGACACAUGGAUGUCCUUCUCCUGUUAGUUGCACUAAGUUCUCUUCCCGGCCACGGACCCCGCUACCGCCUUCAUCGGAAAGCCCACCUCCUCCUUCUCCAUCCCGGAUAUCUCAGCCUUCCCCUGUGCUUUCCCUGCGUUCCUCUCGAGCCUACUCCCUCCCACUAGCCCCAGCUGAAUCCCCCAAGUUGCCACGGACUCACCCAUCAGAUGCGCAGGAUGCCCGCUGGAGCCCUCAUGAUGUCCAUCGGAGCCCUACGCAAUCAGCUGUUGCACAGGCUGCCUCCUGUGACGAUCUCUCCAUCAUGAGCUCUCCUAGGAUUAUGCAUGCCAACACCCCCAUGGGAAGGGUGGAUAUUGCCCCCAACAAAUGCCUUCCCAAUAACCCUUACGCUGUUGCAUUGCCGGCCCACAAAGGCCACUCUCUGACCCCUGCAGACCGGUAUGAUGUGUUCCCUACUUCUGAGGACUCCUAUGCCAGGCACUACACUCAAAGUCCUCAUCUCCAUAGAGUCCAACUUGUGGGUGAAGAUGGCUUGGCCGCUUCAAUGGGGAGACUGCAACAGAACAGAUUUACAGACCGAGGUUACCUCUCUCCACCGGUUGGCCCGUCCCGUGCUUUGGUCAUGUCUCGGCUUCACGGCCGACUGAUAACCCCCCACUCUGCCUCAUCAAGCUACCUGCAUCUACCACCCCUUCCUCCCCUGCCCACUCGGCCCACCCCAGGGAAAAGGACAUCUAUAGGGAUCACGGGUCGAAACGUGCUGAGGGAAAGGAGCAGCCAGUCUCCUGGCAGGCAGCGGUUUGAAAGUGACAUCGAUGCUCUUUUGACAAAAUUGUGUGGCCAAGACAAACUGCUUCGAGGUCUGGAAGAAGAGACAGGGCAGCUUCGUGCUGAAAAGGAACAUCUUGAAAAGGCCUUGGAAGUAACACACUUGAGGCUGGAGGAAUUUAAAGGCCAAGAUGCCACCGUGGAGAAGAUCUGCUAUCAACAAAGGCAACUGCAAGAUGAACUGGUGCACAUCCGUGCCCGUCUCUGUGAUCUUGCAUUGGACAGUGAACGAGUAUGGGAAGAUUAUACAGCCUUGGAAAAUGACGUACAGAUGCUGAAGGGUUCCUUGGAGCAUAUCCGGACUUCUGGGCAUCCCCAGGACCAAGCAGCAGCUCAGCAGGAUUUGUGGAGAAUCCAUGACAUCCUGGCGGGAUUGAGAUGCAGCCAUGCAAAUUACCGCACCCUGGAAAACCGAAGAUCAGGUGUGUCUCCAGGCUCACCCUCACCUCUGGAUUCACAUCUGGGGGCAAAUCAUCACCCUCUGCUAUCCUGCACCGAAACAGAGGAAUCUACGCCCAGCUAUGGGCCGGAUACAGGAAAACCAGGCAGAAUGGGGAGCAAACAGCAGGAUGGCCCUAGUUCAGCAGACUGGCAGCAAAGUCCAUCUACCUCCAGCAGAGGGCAUUUGGGAACAUCUCACCAUCUGGAUGGACUCAAGCCCCCCCCCAACCAUUCCUCCAUUGAGCCCCCAGAGAGCGAGAAAGGGAAGCUUGGCAGAGGAGCAGAUUCUGUUAGACCAGGCUUAGACCAUGAAGGCUGCAUCCAUAGAAGUGAAGUUCCUGAACACAGCGUUGUCAAGGUGGCCUCUUCCGAAACGACAGUCCCUCGGCGGUCCCGCAUGAGCGCCCAGGAACAGCUGGACAGGAUGCAGCGGCACCAGGAGGCCAAACGGAAAUCUGAGGCUGCCCAGCCCCCUCCCCUGGGCCACAGGCGAGACUCUCCCAAGCAUGGGUCUAGCCGGCCCCUCCCCAAUGCCCCCCCUGAGUCAUCACCCAAGGAGGGAGUGCAAAUUGGGGAAGUCAAGCCUCCUCGGUGCCCCCCAACCCCUGAGUGGGAGCGACAGCGAGUAAUCCAGCUCUCCCAUGCGCUGGCGACAGAGGCUUCGCAGCGGGGAAAACUCGUCACAGGAAGGACCAGUUCUCGCUCCUCCCUAGAUGAUUUGCGUGCCUCACAAGAUGGCUUGAACCAUCACUAUUUUCCUGGGGAUGGCACCUGCAUAAAGCUAGACUCUAGCAACACAACAACUGGACACAAUCAAACAGUUGCUCAGAAUCCCAGCUGCAGCACCAACUCUAAAGUUGCAAAUCAGAUGCCAGCUUCACCCCAAGCAACCAAACCAUUGUCGAGUGCCUCAGAAGCUUCUGACUGGUCCUUGCCUUGUCCUUGCAAGGAAAGUUGGUUGUCAUCCAAAAUGAAGACUCCACAGCCAACACCUCACCUGUUUGACUCAGCCAGAGAGGAGCCAUUCCUAUUCAGCGGUCCUCAUUGGGAGGAACCUGUGCCUCAGCCGACCAAUUGGAACACAUGUUUUUGCAGAACGGCCAAUUGGGUUCUGCCUCCUGUAUGGGACUUAGAGAUGUGGGCAGCUGAUCAAAAGCUAGUUGGCAAUCCGAACCUAAACAAUGGUAGAUGCAUCCAUUGGAGAGGUGAGCCUCAACAAGUGGCAGCAUAUUUUGGAGAAGUGACACAGCCUGUCAAGGUCACCUUGAUAAAAUCAAGUUUUUAAAUGAAGUGGGCAGCGAUGAAGAGAAGAUUUAAAGUGUGAUAAAAGAAUAGGGACAAGCCCCUGGAGAUGGUUGCCUGGUCUAAACCCUAGAAAUAUUCAAAACAAGAACAGUUAAAACCUUGGCCUUUUAGAUCAGAAACACCAUAUCUCCUGCAUAUGAACAUCUCCAGCAUAUCAUCUAUAUUUCUCAACCAACUUUUUUCGGUUACUUUCUCCCCAACUCAUCCAGACUAGAAAAAUCAUGUUUUGUUUUUUUAGCUUUCAUUGUUGCUGCAAUCCUAGACACUCCCCGAAAUAAAUCAUGAUGAUUUCCAUGAUCUUGGUCUAUAGCAGUGUUUCUCAACCCUGAUGGCUUUAAAAUAUGUGGAUUUCAAUGUAUCUUAAAGUUGCCAAAGUUGAGAAACACUGGUCUACAGAUUUACGUACUGGGUUGGGAAGCACACAAUUUUCAAAUCUAUACAUGUUCAAGAAAUUUAGUAAUGGCAGAGAAUGCUCUUGAUGUUUAGGAGGUCAAAAUCCACCAAGAUUGCCUAAGGAGACAGUAGUAGGAAGUGUUUUCCCUUUAAGGGGAAAAAAAAGCUAAGCUAUCCAGGUACAGAUGCCUAUUUGUAGUGGGAUACUCCUAAAAACGUAAGAUUACCAUGCUUAAAGAUGUACAAGUGCUUGAUAAAAAAAGGUAGACAUUAAUGGAUAUCCCUGACUAUUGGUCUCUGCAAAUACUUGUUCAUAUUCAACAAAGCCAUUCCGAAGACAUAUCAUACUGUAUAUCCUAGCUGGAUGAUACUAAUACUUCCUGCAUUUUUUAAAAUAUUCCCACCUUUAUUAUUUGAUAAAUCCCACCUUUUAUUAUUUUUAUAAAUAAUUCAAGAUGACAAACAUAACUAAUACUUCUUCCUCAUCCUAUUUUCCCCACAACAAUAAUUCUAUAAGGUGAGUUGGGCUGAGAGAGAGUUAUUGUCCCAAAGUCACCCAGCUGGGUUUCAUGCCGAAAGUGGGACUAGAACUUACCAUCUCCUAGUUAUUGUCCCAAAGUCACCCAGCCAGCAUUCAUGCUUAAGGUGGGACUAGAACUUGCAUUUCACUUUUGCUUACAGACAUUUCUGGCUUCAGAGGGGCAAUUUCUCAUUCCAUCUUGCAAGCACCUAUGUUUCAGUGCAUUUUUGAGACAUUCAAACCCCCAGAUUGCAAUUUGGGGAAAAAAAACCUUUUUCAUAUAAGAAUAGAAAAUAUUUGAGCAUUCCGAGGGUGUGUGCGUCAAUGUAAGAACACAGAGGUUUUUUUCAGCAAUUGCAUCUGACUGCUGAUUCCCUUUCAUAAUUUGGUUUCUUAUGGCUGCCUUUUGGGUUGUAAAUAGAUGCCUUUUUUUCCUGUAAAUAGGGAUGAGUUUCAGAGAUAAGGAUGAUUUUAUUGGAAAGCCCUAUGGAAAUUCAAGCUCUCCUAGAUGACUCAAGAAGCAGCUGUACUUGCAUAAGAAGAAGAAAAUAUAGCAAGGAAAUUGCCACUAAGAUCUGUGACUGGGAGUUUUAUCACCAAUUGGGAAGAAAAAGAAUAGUGUGAUUGUGUGGGGAGAAUGAUUGGGCAAUGGCUUGUGUUGAAAAAACAUUUGGAUCUGUCCUAGCAAGCACAAGGAAUGUUUCUCAUGAAAAUUGGUGCCUCUUAAAACAAAGGCAGUGAUUUAUGCUUUGAAUGCAACUCAAGACUGGCUGACUUAUUCCCAGUACAAACAGUUGGUGGCCUGUGCAGGAACACAUCCCAUAGUUAUUGAUCAGAAUGUAUAUGCCAUUUUGCCUAGAGCCGUAGCAAACAAAGGUAGGGAGUUUAGUAAGGUAGCAGAACAGGAAAGUGAUGAGAAGUGUGGGAAGUGAGAAUACAUUGGAAUUGGAUUGAUUUCAGAAAUAAAUGACAAAAAGAGCUAGCUAGAAAAGCUGAAGAAAAAAAGGUGGUAGGAAUUAUUGACGAUGGACAUUUUCUUCCAUUUCUGGUGUCUGAAAUGUAGAAGCCUGGAUGAAGGAUUUGCUUACUUGGAAGCUACCUGGAGAAUUAAACAUAAUGAAAAUUAAACCAUAAUGUGUGUGCCAGUUUGGUGUACUGGUUAAAGAAUCAGGGUAGAAACCAGAAGUCUGUGGAGUUCUAGCCCUGCCUUAGCACAAAGCCAACUAGGUGACCUUGGGCCAGUCAGUUUCUCUCAGUUCAAAAAAGGCAGUGUCAAACCAUUUCUGGAAAAAAACUUGCCAAGAAAACUGCAGGGACUUUCUAAACAAUCUUCAAGAAUCAAAUAGGAAGAAAAAAAAAUACUAAAAUACUAAGCCUAGGCUACAACAUGUGGGCAACCAGUAGAGAUAAGCACAGAGAAGCAGAAAUCCUAAUUCUUGACUGCCAGCUUGUGUUUGUCUGGACUUAUCUGGCAGCCUUAAAGUCUUUCUAACAAUCCCAACAGAUUUGGUAGGCCUACUUAGCCACAUUGCUGAGGUAAGAUUAGCUGCGAAAUUUGUCCUUGUCUAAGAGAGUCUUAUGCAGACUUUGUUAAGAGGUUAAGCAAACAGCACUCAAAAUUGUAUCCUGGAACACAACUCAAGAAUCUGAGCAAAGCAGUCAAAGACUCCUGUUGUAACAGCUCCUUGCUCUGUUGAAGCACCUGUCUUUCCAUGCAGAAUUAUAAUUCCCUCUUAAGAAUUAGAAUCUUUCUACUGUAUUUAAGGAGAAUGUGCCAGCUACUGCGGGAACUUCCUCAGACUAAGCCUUUCCAUGUGUGAAUUAUUCCAAUUUGUAUAAUCAAUAAACGGUUUAACAUAAUAUAU